CAGAAAUUCUUAGAAGAAGUGAACAGGGUUCGGCUUCGUCGCGAACUUGGACCAGUGCCAUGGACCACUGGCGUCAAGUUUGUUAUGGCCAGGAAGUUUGAUGUGCGCAGAGCCGUAGAACUGUUUUACUCACAUGAGAGUGUCCGUAAUAAAGAAGAUUUGUGUUACAUUGAUCCGUCAGAUAAAUUGCUGCAGCGAGAAAUAGCUACUGAGAAGUUUACAGUCCUUUCUGGUCGUGACAACAGCGGAGCGGCCAUCGCUCUGUUCACAGCUCGUGCUCAUCACCCUCCACAGACGACUCACCAGAUUGUUCUCAAGAGUCUCAUCUAUCAGCUCGAUGCUGCUCUACAGAGUUUUGAAACUCAGCGUCAUGGGUUGGUGUUUAUAUAUGAUAUGACAGAUUCCAAGUAUGCUAAUUUCGACUAUGAGCUCAGCAUCAAGAUACUAAACUUAUUAAAGGGAGGAUUUCCAGCAAGAUUGAAAAAAGUUCUUAUUGUGACUGCUCCACUCUGGUUCAAAGCUCCGUUUAAGAUUCUUCGUCUGUUUGUAAGAGAAAAACUUAGGGACCGAGUGUUCACUGUUAACCUAGCUCAGCUGGCACAGUACUUACCUCCAGACACUCUGCCGAGGAAUCUUGGCGGGAUUGUGGAAGCCAAUCACAAAGGCUGGAUUCAGUUAUGCCACAAGGUGGCUACCAAUCAGACCACAGACAUGGACUCAUACUUUAUCUCUCGGAAACGAUCACACAGUUCAGUGGAUGACUGCGAUUCUGUGACGACGCGCAGCGUGUCGAGUGACGCCGACAUUCACUUCAGCGACAUGGACUCGGAGACAUCCAAGGAGACCGUAAACGAGAAACAGAACAGUGAGGAUCGAGAGAAAGAGCGGGAGGACGAAGAGGGGGACGGAGAGAAGGAAGUCGCUAUAGAGAAAGACAGUCACAUGAUCUUCGAGCCCGAGAAGAAGAGGCGGAUGUCUGACACGGGCCGGAAUCUGGAGUCGCGAAAACGCACAUCGGAGAGUUCGGAGAACGUCAAUGGGGAGUUGUCUUUCCCUGAUGGCGACCUGCCCCGCAAGAAGCGGCCCCACUCCUCGGGGUCGAAUAUUCUCGAUGAUUCCAUUCACAUGCCCGAUCAGUCGGGCAUGGAUCUGCAGACGUUAGUGGAUCAUGUGAAAUCCCUCAAGCGUAAAGGGAUGUAUUCGGAGUAUGCUUCCAUUAAAAUGGAAGCUCCAUGUGGAACCUUUCAUGUGUCAAAAGCACGACAAAAUCUUCCAAAGAAUCGGUAUACGGAUGUGUUGUGUUUCGACAACAGCCGGGUCAAACUGCCACUGGUUGACGGGGACCCGUCCUCCGAUUACAUCAACGCAAACUACGUGGACGGUUACUGUCAGAAGAACGCUUACAUCUCUACACAAGGUCCUUUGCCGAAAACAUUUGUAGAUUUCUGGUCAAUGGUUUGGAACAGUCAAUGUCACGUGAUUGUUAUGACAACAAGAACUAUCGAGAGACAGCGGAUGAAGUGUGGUCAGUACUGGCCUAACGAGGAGCACACAGACGAACAGUUCGAGGAAUUCAUUGUUUACAACAACGGCAUUAACUGUCAGAAAGAGUUCACUGACACCAAGCUCUUGUUACACAACACAAAGACUGGAGAAUCAAGGGAGGUAACCCACCUACAGUUUACAAGUUGGCCAGACUAUGGCGUACCUCCUGCAACUGGUUUCCUUGACUACUUGUUCCGUGUGCGGCAGUGCCAAGAAGACGCCACACGGAAGAUGGGAUCUUCAUGGGAGGGUCACCCCCUGGGUCCUCCAAUGAUAGUUCACUGCAGUGCAGGCAUUGGUCGAACAGGUACGUUCAUAACUAUCGAUAUAUCACUGCGACGCCUUGAGGACAUUGGUACAGUUGACAUUCAGGAAACCGUGCGCCGGAUCCGCAGCCAGCGCGCUUUCAGCAUCCAGAUGCCUGACCAGUACGUCUUCUGUCAUCUCGCCAUCAUCGAGCACGCUGUCAGACAGGGCAUGCUCAAGGAGAUUGAGUGGGCGUUCCUGGAUGAUAGUGACAGUGACAGUGAUUUCUAAUGGAAGGAUUUUUGAGUGGGUGCUCCUGGACGACAGUGACAGUGAUUUCUGGUGAAAGGAUUUUUGAGUGGACAUUCCUGGACGACAGUGAUAGUGAAUUUUAAUGGAAGGAUUUUUGAGUGGCAUUCCAGGACGAAAGUGACUGAUUUUUAAAGGAAGGAUUUUUGAGUGGGCGUUCCUGGAUGAUAGCGACAGUGAUUUUUAAAGGAAGGAUUUUUGAGUGGGUGUUCCUGGAUAAUAGCGACAGUGAUUGUUAAUGGAAGGAUCGUUAAGUGGGCAUUCCUGGAUAACAGUGAUAGUGAUUUUUAAUGGAAAGAUUUUUGAGUGGGCGUUCCUAGACACAAAAGCCAGACAGUGAUUUUUAAUUGAAGUAUUUUACUUGGGGAAACACUGAAUGGCAGGAUACAUAUAUAACAAUGGACGUCCGUGAAGGAUGUUGUAUGAAGAGUUCUAGAGGAGAAAAAAAAUUCACAGCUUGCUGUAUGUCUGGGUGAAACUGGGAAAUUUCUGAAGGAUAUUCACAGAAUGUUGUGAGGAUUUAAAAAAUAAAAUUCAGUUACUUGAUGAUUUUUUUAUAAAAAUCUGUAUGCCAGGGCGAUUUAUAAACAAGCUGUUCUUUGUCUUUGAAAGUAGGUGGCUAUUAAUGAACAUUCUCGUAUAAAGGGAACAUUCUCAAACAGUUGUGAUGGUUCUUAGAUAAAUAACAGAGCUGUUUGAAUGUUAUUUUAUAUGAUAAUGAGUACUUGGGGGGGGGGGGGGGGGGGGGGCUUCUGAGGUUUGGAUUUUUUGUUUAUAUACCAAAUGAAUUUAAUGUAUGGAUUGAUGAUGUUUAAUUUUUAUGAUGAAACUGGUCAAGAUGUUUGCUUGAAUGUCGGUAUUUUGGGACACGCCUGUGUGAUAACUGGGACACUACAUGCCAGUGUGAAUGCGGAGUGAUUUCUGGUUAAAUGAUCAUGAUAGAGCACUGCCAGGGCCGGACGGAACUAAAAAUCCUUUAAUAUUGGUGAAUAUUAUUUCUAGUUAUACGACAAUUGUUUGAGAAGUUAUUCGUGGAUUUUAUUUACUUACAGUUCUAGAUGAAAUCCUUUGUGGACCAAUGUGUUGAAGAAGAUACAUUAUUCAGUAAGAAUGUGUUUAACAUACAAAAUGUUAUUAUCAUUACUGAAUAUUAUAUGAUUACCAUAAA